AUGGGGCAAAUAGUAAAAUUUGGAAGAACUCUAUCCCAGAUUGGUGUCUCAAGGUUUGAUCCUAAGGAAGGAUGGCAACAGAAGUUGAAUGACCAAAGAAGCCUAGAGAUAUACAGCAAAAUUCCAAAAAAAUCAGAAUAUUCUGAACCAGAGGAAACUGAGAACCAUCUACAAACUGAAAAGCUUCGUCCUGAAAGCUUAUCUUCCUCUGAAAUAUUUUAUCUGCUGUCUGUAAACAGUAUAGGUGCAUUCUCUGGCAAUGGUACACUGGAUAUGUGCAAGGAUGACAAUGGAAACAACAUGCUCAAUCUCAAUGAAGAGAUAAAAAAAAGGGUGGAAGAUAUUAGGGCUCUACUAUCCUGUGGAAAUGUUCAGCGCACAAGAUGUCAGAAAUACAAAACUAGCCACGCCAACCGUAUGAUUAUGGGCCCAGUGGCAGAAUGGUUGGAAGGCAAGCUAAUGAAUAUAGUGCAGAAGGGAUAUGUAAAGAAGAGGGAGGAUAAAAGACUUCAAACAGCCCAGAUAAAUGCAGCCCUCUCAGUUGCAAGGCUGUCUACCGUAGUUGCAGGAACUAUUGGAAAUUGCUCCUUCGGGUCAAAUAAUUUGAGUGGCAUGAAGAUGCAUGCUGCAAUCACAUCAGCUGCAGCGCUGGUGGCAGCCUCAUGUGCUGAGGUGGCAAAAUCUGCUGGAGCUACCAGGGAACAGGUUUCAUCAGUCAUUAAUAUGGGAUUGGAGACUAGAGCACUGGGAGAUUUGCUCACACUAACUACUAGCGCGGCAGCCUGUCUAAGAGGGGUUGAGGGUCUUAAGAUGCGGACAAACAACUGUUCCUUGGAAGGCCGCAUGAACAACCAGAAAGAUGCCACACUCCUUGUUCGUACACCCAAGGGAAGGUUCCAUAACAGGAUUGUUUCCGUGCACUGCAAGUAUGACAAUAUAAUACUAACAUUAGGCAAGAAGUGUCAUUUCAAAAGCUCUGAAAAGUGUGAGUACUAA